GGGAGGAGGGAGAACAGAAGCACAAGUACAGAUACAGUAGCUAUUACAGAAAACACGCUGAGGAAUUGCUGCUUUUUCUUACAGAGAUAUAGUAGUAGUUCGCAUGUCUCUUUUCAGGGGUGAUCUCACAAUGACCUAUCUGUGCAAUAUUCAUUUCAGAGAGGUAACCAUUGAACUGUGAUACCUAGUCAAGAUGGCGAGUCUUGUCAGCAGCCAAAGUUCCUAUCCACUGCCGCACAGGCUAUCUGUCAGGACCAUUGAUGAAGAAAUAGAAAGAAUAGAAAAUGGUACAAGCCGGAACCAUUCCUUAUGUGAAGGCUCUUCAUCAGAGCUCCAGCGUGUGAUUGCCUUGGAGCCUAAGGGCCCAGCAGAGUCUCGCAGGAGCUCUUUCACUGGAAGGGGAGGAAUGGCUAGGUUAUCAAGACUUCUCAUUACACUGAGGAACUGGGCUACGAGGCACCUUAUACGGGAAGACCAACGCCCAGAUUCCUUUCUGGAACGGUUUCGAGGGCCUGAUCUCAAAGAAGUGUCCAGCAGAGAAAGCAACAUCCAGUCACUCCAGGAAAACCAAGAGAGAUUGGAAAGAGUAAAUAGUCACUGGGUUCUUGCCAGUUUCAAUGCCAACAACAGCAACAACACAGAAGACACUAAGAAUGAAACCAAAGACCCAAAACAAGAAGAGAAGAAAGAAGAAAAGAAGGAUGAUAAGGACGAUAAAAAGGAUGAUAAAAAAUAUGACAAAAAAAAGGAAGAGGAAAAGAAGAAAGAAAUAUUUGUGGUGGACCCUUCAAGCAAUCUCUACUACAGAUGGCUAUCAAUUAUCUCUGUCCCAGUGCUUUACAAUUGGUGUUUUCUAGUAUGCAGAGCUUGUUUUGAUGAGCUCCAAAGGAAGUCUGUUGUCUUGUGGCUGGUUCUGGAUUGCAUAGCAGAUGCCAUUUACAUCAUUGACACGCUAGUAAGAUUCAGAACAGGUUUCCUUGAACAAGGAUUACUUGUGAAAGAUGCUAAGAAGUUAAAAGAGAAUUACUCAAAGACUUUGCAGUUUAAGCUCGACAUGUUGUCUUUACUGCCAACAGACCUGGCUUAUGUUAAAUUAGGACUUAACUAUCCGGAGCUGAGAUUUAACCGGCUGCUUAGGUUUGGUAGGAUGUUUGAAUUCUUUGAUCGCACUGAGACAAGAACCAAUUAUCCAAAUUUUUUUCGUAUUGGAAAUCUGGUCCUGUACAUUCUCAUUAUUAUACACUGGAAUGCCUGCAUCUACUUUGCAAUAUCUAAAGCUAUUGGCUUUGGAACGGAUACAUGGGUUUACCCAAAUAUAUCCCACCCGGAAUAUGGACGUCUUGCAAGAAAAUACAUUUAUAGUCUUUAUUGGUCAACCUUAACCCUUACCACUAUUGGGGAAACUCCACCGCCAGUUAAGGAUAUUGAGUUUGUUUUUGUUGUAUUUGACUUUCUCAUUGGUGUACUGAUUUUUGCAACCAUUGUAGGUAACGUUGGGUCCAUGAUUUCUAAUAUGAAUGCAUCCAAGGCAGAAUUUCAGUCCAAGAUUGACUCAAUAAAACAAUAUAUGCAGUUCCGAAAGGUAACCAAGGAUUUGGAGGCAAGGGUCAUAAAAUGGUUUGACUAUCUCUGGACAAACAAAAAAACCAUGGAUGAGAAGGAGGUAUUAAAGAGCUUGCCAGACAAAUUAAAGGCUGAAAUUGCAAUAAACGUACAUUUAGACACUUUAAAAAAAGUUAGGAUCUUUCAAGACUGCGAAGCUGGAUUGCUUGUAGAACUGGUACUGAAACUGAGGCCUCAAGUCUUUAGCCCUGGUGACUACAUUUGCCGAAAAGGAGAUAUUGGAAGGGAGAUGUACAUCAUAAAAGAAGGGAAACUAGCUGUAGUAGCUGAUGAUGGUGUGACUCAGUUUGUGGUCCUCAGUGAUGGCAGUUAUUUUGGUGAAAUUAGCAUCUUAAACAUCAAAGGAAGCAAGUCAGGUAACCGAAGGACGGCCAACAUCAGAAGUAUUGGCUAUUCCGACCUAUUUUGUUUAUCUAAGGAUGAUCUUAUGGAGGCGCUUACUGAAUAUCCUGAUGCUAAAUCAGUCUUAGAAGAAAAAGGACGACAGAUCCUCAUGAAAGAUGGUUUAAUUGGUGAAGAAGCAGCCAAGGCAGGUGCAGACCCGAAGGAUAUAGAGGAAAAGGUGGAGAAAAUGGAAACUAUAAUGGAUAGCUUACAGACUCGAUUUGCCAGACUAAUGGCCGAUUAUAACUCUACUCAAUUAAAACUUAAACAAAGAAUAACAAAGUUAGAAAAUAGAGUAAAGAAAUACAAUGGUGACAAUGUGUCUGAAGGUGGAGACAGUGCUGCAGAAGGAGAUCCUCCAAGGACAGAAGACAAGGAAAAUAAUUAACCACUCACUUCUCUAUUUCAAGCACAGAUUUAACUCGAAACAAAAUAUUUUAUCUGUUCUCACCAUCUUAAUCUUUGAUGAAAUAUGGAUUUUAUCUUCAUAUAUUUUUAUAUGCAAGCCCUUUGUAGAAUUUUUUGAUUUUUUUAAUUGACUUGUUUAUAAAUCAAACAAGCAUAUUAUGACCUUAAAUAGGUUCUAGGCAUAGAACAUUUGAUUUCCUGCUUUUGGAUUUAUGUUAUCAUUAAAAGGAACAUCCGAUGUUGACGAUUAUCCCCUUGACAAUCUGUAUUUCUGAACUAUACAUUAUACACAUGCUGUGCUGCUUAUACAUCUGAUCUUUUCAUUCACAAGUAGCCUACAAACUUUUAUAUGUUGGGGGAGGCCUGAAUAGCUUCAUAAAACAAACUUUUUACUUUUUUUCUUUUUACAAUUUUAUUACAGUAGUUUAAAUAUAUUGGCUGUUUGCAACAUUUUAAUCUUGUAUAGUAAAAAUUCUACAGACUA